UUUAUAUUCUCGUCAACGCUCGGAAUCGAACGUUGGAUAGGAGUGUGAUCGCCGCCAGGAAUUCCUCCACCGCCUCCGCGACUGCCGAUCCCUCUCGCGAGCCCGGCGCUUGCACUCGCGCGUCGCCGCCAGCCGCGACACAUUCCUCCUCAACAAGCUCAUCGAGAUGUAUGGCAACUGCGGCGAUCCGGCUCGCGCGCGCGAGGUGUUUGAUCGCGUGGCGCCCAGGGAUCGCUACACCUGGGAUCUCAUGCUCAUCGCCUAUGCCCAAGCGCGGCAUUUGGAGGCGGCGCGGCGUUUCUUCGACUCGAUGCCACAGCACAGCCUCGCCUCCGCCACAGCGAUGCUUCGAUUGGCGGCGGAAGAAGGAUAUUCGCACCAUGCCAGCCGGAUUUUCUCGGAGAUGCCAUACUUUGACGUGAUUUGCUGCAAUGCAAUGCUCUAUGUGUAUGCCCAGUCAGGGCAAUGUGAUCUUGCUAAAAGUUUACUCCAUGAGAUGCCAGAGCAUGAUCUACUGUCCUGGACCGCUAUUUUACUUUCUUACACCCAAUCUAAUAAUUUUAGCGAAGCAAAGUUUCUUUUUGAUACAAUGCCAUGCCGUGAUCUUUUUUGCUGGAACAUCAUACUUAACGCAAAUGCCCGUUUAGGGGAACUGCAUGAAACUGAGAACCUUUUUAAUAUCAUUCCGCAAAGAGACAUGUAUACUUUUACGGCAGUAGUAGUAGCGUACGUACGUCACAAGCAGCUUGAGAACGCUAGGCUUGUUUACAACCAAAUGCCAUACGUUACUACGGUGACUUGUAACACUAUCCUUGGAGGAUAUGCCGAGAACGGGUAUCUGGACGAAGCACGACAAUGGUUUAACUCCAUGCAAACUAAAUGCUUGACGUCUUAUAACAUAAUGUUAGCAGCGUACGCACAAGAUGGAUUAGUGUUUGAUAGUACGUCUUUUUUCAUGGAAAUGCCUGACCGUGACCAGCGCUCCUGGAAUCUGAUGCUUCAUGCAUAUGCCCAGCUUGGGCAUCUGGGAAAGGCAAAAUCUUUGUUCCGCGCAAUGCCGGAGAGCUCCAUCGUGUCGUGGAGCUCAAUGCUGGCAGCCGUCUCCUCGUCCUUCUCAUCCCAAAAUGAGCAUAAAGAUCGAUGUGAUGGUGCUAACGAUCCAUUCUUUCUCUUUCAUUCAGCAAACAUGGAGCAUCAUCCCGACCAUGUUUGCUUCCUGUCGAUUCUGAGCGUUUGCAGCAAGAAGGGACGAGUGAAGCAGGGCCGGACCUUCCUGGCAUCGAUGAGAUUUGACUAUGGAGUGGAGCCUCGCAGGCACCACUACUCGAGCAUGGUUGAUCUCUUGGGCCGCUCGGGCUAUCUUGGCGACGCCCUGGAACUGUUGCGUACCAUGCCCUUUAUUGCCAAGGCUCUGGACUGGGUGUGCUUUGCCGCUGCCUGCAGAAGCCACACAGAUCUUAAGCUUGGAGCUGAGGUGGGUUCCCAAAUUCUUGGAAGACAACCCGGCAGUGGCGCGGUGGUAUUGCUUGCCAACAGUUGGGUGGAACAUUUAUAAUUAAGUGUGUCCCUGCUCUUGCAUUCCUGAUGCCUCUGAGGUGAUAUCCAUGCAGUGUCUUAGUCCAAUCAUAUAGUUCAAUGCAAUAGAGUAUGUAUUGUACAAAGUUCUAGUUCUAGUUAGAUUAGUCUUGUUAUAGACUUAAGCCCAUAUUCAACUAGAGAAGUUUUUUGGCUGGUUAUGUGUCUUAAUGUAUAGUAUGUAGUUUGUAUAGCAAUCUUCAACUAAAAAAUGUGUAAAUCCUAUAA